UCUGGCCGCGGCGGCUCAUAGCGCGGCUGCGGCGGGCGCGGGCGGCGGCGGCACCCUCCCGUCCGUCUGUCCUGGGAGCUUCGCCUGCGCGCCGACCCGCGGGGGGACAGCAAGCUUUCCGGCCCGCAGCGGGGGCGGGGACGCCAGGCCAGCGGCCCCUCCGACCCCCAAGAUGAGAAAGCUGAGGCUCAGGGAACAGUAAUACACCCACCUACACAGAAGUAGGUAAUCGCGGUGCACUAGGCAGGUGGUCGGCCCCAGGCCCAUGCCCUGAGACGGGGAGGCACCGCCAGCAUGCCGUGGGACGCACGGCGGCCCGGGGGCGGCGCGGACGGCGGGCCCGAGGGCGCAGGCGCGGCGCGCUCGCAGGCGCAGAAGCAGUGCCGCAAGUCGUCGUUCGCUUUCUACCAGGCCGUGCGGGACCUGCUGCCCGUGUGGCUGCUGGAGGACAUGCGCGCCAGCGAGGCCUUCCACUGGGACGAGCGCGGGUGCGCCGCCGCCUACUCACCGUCUGAGGCGCUGCUCUACGCACUCGUGCACGACCACCAGGCAUACGCGCACUACCUGCUGGCUACGUUCCCGCGGCGCGCACUCGCGCCGCCCAGCGCCGGCUUCCGCUGCUGCGCGGCGCCCGGGCCGCACGUGGCGCUGGCCGUGCGCUACAACCGCGUGGGCAUCCUGCGCCGCAUCCUGCGCACCGUGCGCGACUUCCCGGCCGAGGAGCGCGCGCGCCUGCUCGACCGGCGAGGCUGUAGCCGCGUGGAGGGCGGCGGCACGUCGCUGCACGUGGCCUGCGAGCUGGCGCGCCCCGAGUGUCUCUUCUUGCUGCUCGGCCACGGCGCUUCGCCCGGCCUGCGCGACGGCGGCGGCCUCACGCCGCUCGAGCUGCUGCUGCGUCACCUGGGCCGUGAUGCCGGGGCCGCCCCCGCCGUCGGGGCGCCUGCGCCCGGGGAGCCGCGCCAGCGCCGCCUGCUGCUGCUCGACUUACUGGCGCUGUACACGCCCGCGGACGCCGCCGGCCCGGCCCGCCGCGAGCUGCUGGGCGACCGGCCGCGCUGGCAGCGGCUGCUGGGCGAGGACAAGUUCCAGUGGUUGGCGGGCCUGGCGCCACCCUCGCUCUUCGCGCGCGCCAUGCAGGUGCUGGUCACCGCCAUCUCGCCUGGCCGCUUCCCCGAGGCCCUGGACGAGCUGCCACUGCCGCCCUUCCUGCAGCCGCUGGACCUCACGGGCAAGGGCUAGACCGCGGGGGCACCCCGGGUGCUGGAUUUUUGGAGAAUACUAUUUUUCAGAGCGUUGUACCCGGCACUUUACAUAUAUUGUUCUCUGGACAGCAGAA